AUGGAAGACGUUGAUUAUUCUGUGAAAAAUCGUAAAUCACAAGUAACGAAUUUGAACACAGUAAAGUUUGAAGAUCAAGGUCAAUUGAAGACAAAUUCUAAUAUUCUAAAUAAUUCGAAAAACAUAACAAAUGAAAAGCUAAGAAAAUCAUCAGUAGCAAUUCUACGUAAUCGAUUUUUUCGCACCAUCUGGACAACGCGUAACACAGUCAAUACCACUGAUCGAAGAGUAUUCAUAAGUACUACACUAAGAGAAUUAUUACUGUAUAUAGUGUUUUUGACAUUACUACUGAUAAUUGCUUUGACGACUUUAAAUUCAAUGACAUAUUUCUACAACACAAGUAUAUACAAUCGAUUCGUAGUAACGGACGGUUCAACGACAUCUGAUAGUCCACAAGCAUUUCAAAAUAUUCAUGAUCAUACAGCUAUGUGGAAUUAUAUCAAUGGUCAAUUAUUGAAUUCAUUAUAUUGGGAUGCAUGGUAUAAUCGACUGAAUGUAUCAUUCAAUGAAAAAGAUUUUAUUGCUCAUGAUAAUAAAGUUUUAGGUGUUGCACGUCUUCGACAGCUUAGAGUAGAUCCAUCACAGUGUGAUAUACCUAAACAGAUGAGAGGUGUUAUAGAAAAAUGCUAUCCUGCUUACAGUACAAAAGCACGCUUUACAAAGUCAAUACAGAUACAAGGCAAUAUCACACCUAUUUACACAAAAAAUGCAUGGGACUUUAGUGAUUCUCAUGUGACAGGAGCUACCAGUUAUUCUGCACCAUAUGGUUAUUAUGAUGGUUCCGGUUAUAUACAAGAUUUGUCCAGAUCAAAUGAUGAAACUGUAGCCAUUUUAAAUGAGUUAUUUCAAGGUCGAUGGAUAGACCAAUCAACUCGUGCACUGUUUAUUGAUUUUACAAUAUAUAAUGCAAAUGUAAACAUAUUUGUUAUAGUAAAAAUCAUAUUUGAAAUGCCUGAGUCGGGUGGAUUAUUUGGUAGCACUAUAGUUCAACCAGUCAGAUUAUUUCGUUAUCAAACAGUGACUGAUUACUUUGUUUUAGUAUGUGAAAUUGUGUAUUUGGUUUUUCUUGCCUAUUAUACUAUUGAAGAGAUACUUGAGUUUUCAGUUAAACGUUGGAGAUAUUUUAUAAAUAUUUGGAACUUAAUGGAUAUUACAAUGAUUGUAGCCAGUAUAAUAUGUGCAGCCUUUUUAAUAUAUAGUACUAUUAUUGUUUCAAACAAUAUGUCUUCAUUAAUUAGUGAUGUUUCGUCUUAUCCAAAUUUCGAUUAUCUUGCUUAUUGGUAUAGUCACCAUAUAAGAUCAAUGGCAAUUUGUGUAUUUCUUGGAAUAAUCAAGAUCUUCAAAUAUUUAACGAUUGAUCGUUCAUUAAAUCAAUUAACAAGAACAAUGAGUGUAGCUGCUUAUGAUUUACUGGGAUUUUUAAUUAUGUUUUGUAUUGUGUAUUUCGCGUUUGCUCAAUUGGGUUAUUUAGCAUUUAGUGCAAGAACAUUAGCGUAUAGUUCAUUUACUCAAACAACUUAUUCAUUAUUUCGUAUAAUGGUUGGUGAUAUCGACUUUCCAUCCAUUCUAAAAGCUCAUCCUGUUUUAGGACCAAUAUUUUUUGUGACUUUUGUUUUCUUUGUAUUUUUUGUUUUAUUAAAUAUGUUUCUUGCCAUUAUUGAUGAAUCGUAUAAAACAACAAAAGCUGAAUUAAUUCAACAGAAAAAUGAUGUAACAUUGGGGCAUAUACUUAAAAAAAAAGCUAAAGAUUUAGCUAAAAGAGUUCAAAAGAAACGAUCUAAAUCGAUUGUUCGUAUAUUGCGAGAAUAUGGAUUGAUGGGUAAAGAAAAAUUACCCUAUGAAGAUUAUCGUCAAGCAUUAAAAAGCCAUGGAUAUAGUGAACCAGAAAUUUUUACAACUUUUGUGAAAUACGAUGAAGAUGGUGAUAAUAAUUUAGAUCUAACAGAACAACAACAAUUAGCUUAUGAAAUUGACUUGGGUGUAAUCUAUAAAAUUGGAGAACCAGUUGAUGAAGGGAUUGGGACAGAUGAAGAUUCCAAUGGAAAUUCUGUUAAGGAUGAAGAUAAUUAUGUUGAUCCUGAAGACUAUAAUGAAUUAAUCCAAAAUGUUGAUCUUAUGGAAGCUACACUUGUUUCAAUUAUUACACGUAUAGAUGAAUUAUUAGCUAGCCUAGAACAAAUUGAGAUAGCAAAACGUGAACAUAGAAUACAACUUAGUGGAAUAAUUAAAGAUAUGAAAUUCUAUCUCAACGUUCAGGAAGAACAAAAUCCAAUUCUUUUAGCAUGUAGAAUACUUUAAUUGGUCGUGCUCGCUGGGAGACCUGAAGUUUGUACCUUCGAUACCUGGUUGAAGAGUCAUGGAUAUAAACUGUUGGAAAGUAAUAUCAGUACACUAAUUCCCAAUAGCUGUUUGGCUCAAUUGACUUAGAUGUACACUGCAAAUAUCAUAUAAAACGAAAAAUAAACUGCUUAUUUCUAUUUUGAUUAUUUUUAAGUAAAUGAAAAAGGAACUAGACCCUGGAUUCAGCACUCAAACAUCAGUAGAAAUACUAACGGACCAAGACGUAGGUGGAUCUAGUUGAUGGUAUCAAGACUGAACUGUUAUAUAGUAUCAAAUAUAGUGAAAAUAUCACAGGUGACAAGGAUUCUGUAAAAAAAACGUUGACAAAUGGAUAGAUCAGUCAUUCCAGUUUUAUAAAAAUAAAUAGGGAAGUAAAGAUCCAUCUUAACAUUAAUGGUGCACAACUAUAAUAAUUAAAUCCAGAAAGUAUGUAUUUUUAUAUAACGUACUAGUCAAGCUAACGAAUCGAUGCACUUACAUUGUGGUCGGUUAUAAUUAAACCAUCACUUAUUACUUUAAAUAUCCAAUCAGUGUUAAUGAAGACAUUAAUUUCAUUGCAUACAUUCUGAAUUUAACAUAAUAUUGAUGUAAAAGAAAAUACAUUCUCACGAUCGUAUAUCCAUGAACAAGCUUAUUAUCAGACUGUUCAAAUAACUGAAGAAAUAUCACUUACCUAAGACAAAAAUAUAAAGAGUGUGAUCGAGUGGCUUAAAAUAGAUUAUAUUCUACUUAGUCUAUUCAACUAAUUCUUUGUGAGAAAUUCAGAUAAGGUGAUACGCAACGUAUUCAAUAUUGACUAUGUUAUACCUAAAACUUUCGGUCAUUUUUAUGUCCAUUUAUUAGAUAAGUAGUACAUAUUAGUGUAGUGUUUACUCCAAAAACAAGGAUAACAACUAAACAUCACAAAUGUAAGAUGUCUCAUUACUAAAGAUACAACAUUGCUACUUACCAAUAAUGAAAUAACACCUUAUUUUUCAUCUCAAUUUAUGAUAUACAAAUUGAAUGAAUGAUCACUGUCCUAUCUUUUUUUCUUUCUACAUUUUAGUCUCGAACACUCCAGUUUAAAUAAACAUAUGGUUAUAAACGAAUUUACUGAUAUUUAUUUAGUACUCUUCAUAAUAUAAUCACUGGUAAUAUCACCAUCAUCAUCACCAUAAUGAAUUUGUCAUUUAUUAUUGACUAAUGUUAACGACUACGUCCUAAAUAAACG